CUAGUGUAGCAGAUGGGUCGGCGGCCGGUGGCGAGGGGGGACACCAGCAGCGCGAGUGUACCGACCAACCGACAGGGCCGCGGGUUCGGCGACGGAAGGAGGAACAACAUCGAUCGGGGGAGGAGGAGAAUAACAGGGGCCAAGCACAGCGGAGGGACACCCGGGGGGUCGACCUUCGCUAGGCUGCUUCGGUUGCUGAGCAUCUUUUUUGCCGCCGUCGCCUGCAGCCAGGCGGAUGUCGUGGUCGAAGAUCGGGAGUACCUCGGCAUCCUGUACACCAGCCUGGGGGGGAGCAACUGGCACGAAAACGCCAACUGGACCGUUUCCGGCGUGGAUGUUAGCGAGUGGGAGGGAGUUUCCGUCGCGACCGAUGAGAACGGAACGGAAUACGUCUACGAAAUCAGCCUCGGGGACAACAACCUCAUCGGUGACGCGUUUCCGGCCGUGGAGUACGGCCAGCUGUUGGGCCUGCAGAAGCUCUCUGUCGGAGGCAACGACAUCACGGGCGAGCUUCCGGCAGGCCUCGAGAACCUGGUCAGCCUUACCCUUUUGGACCUGAGCGACAACGGCUUCGAAGGAGAAAUUCCUCCUGAGCUCGGAAGCGCUCCGUCCCUGGUUCGCCUGGACCUCCAGGGCAACGCCCUCACAGGCACAAUCCCAUCGGAGCUAGGGGGUAUGGCACAACUGGGAAUACUGUAUCUACAGGACAACGCCUUGGAAGACAUGAUUCCUCCCGAACUGGGCAACCUGGCGUCGCUGACACAGCUGGACCUCUCCGGCAACACAGGGUUGAUAGGACCGAUCCCCGCGGAAUUUGGCGGCUUGGUAUCGUUGAAGGCCCUGUACAUGGGAGACAACGGUCUGACAGGGGACAUCCCAGCUGAGCUAGGGACGCUUGCCGAGGGCGGGGAGCUUCAAGCGGUGGAUCUCAGGAACAACUACUUGACAGGGGAAGUCCCCGAAGGCCUGGAACAGGUUUCGGCUCUCCUAUUGGAUGGGAACUUCGUUGACGGCUACGAGCAAAGAGCGGACGAUUCCACGGCACCCCCAUACCCAUCCCCAGUACCCGCGACACCGGUCCCGACACCUGCCCCGACGAUCGCUACUCCGACGCCGACCACAGCAUCCCCGAGCCUAUCACCGCCACGUUCUCCGACGACCCCCGGACCGCCGCCCGCCGCCGCUUCGUCGUCGCCUACGUCUCCUUCGGGGCCGCCGUCGGGCGGCGCGCUCUCGACCCCCGGCGGUGGGGACGGCGACGACGGCGGCGAUGAUGUCGAACCCUCCAUGGUCGCCGGUGCUGUGGUCGGGGUGCUGGUGGUCCUGUGCUCGGUGUGCUGGUUGUGCAAGGGCUGCUGGUCCUGGCGCAGACGGAAGAAAGAAGAGCAAGGUGGCAGCAGCGACGACCCCGAAGGCACAGAAGAGGGAACCCCUUACACGGACGUGUUCGAGGUUGCACCAGGCGGCGAGGGUCCUGGUGGCUUGGGGAAACGAGACAAAGCCUCCGUUCGUAACGACUGCCAGUCGAGCGAGACGCAGAGGACCGACAGCGCGAGCUUGAGAGAGUACUCCGACGGCGGCCCCCGCCGCCACCUGACCAACCCCCCGCCGCAGCAGCCUCACUGGCAGCUUGCUGCUACUGGACCAGCGCCGUUAGAAUGGGAGAACACCAGCGCCGUCACCGAUGUUCUUUCCUCCCCAAGCGCCGACAACCCCUCGAACAGCGGCGUCAGCACCAUCUUCGUCAGCGCCUUGGCACCGCCUAAGACCUAUCCCCCCCCGGAGGCGAAGAGGGUGACGUCGGCCACGGAGUGCGCGCUCGAGGUUCAGCUCGGCUCUCCCCGUCGCCACCCCGAAGAGGCGUUGCCUCCGGGCGUCGCGCCGCCCGACUCCCCCACGGGCGUCCAGCUCGGCUCACCCGUUACCGGCCCCGCCCCCGCCGCGGACGACCACCGUUUUCUGAACAAGGACUACCGUAAGCGGCCGCCGUCCCCUGAUUACUGGGCUGAUCCCGCCUCGAGACCGGUCCCCGCAGCAACACCACCCCCUGCGUUGGCACCGAAAUGUGGGGCGUCCCCGGUCGAUCGCGACAAGGGCCUAAGGAUAAGCGCCGGCGAAAAGCUUUUGUCGAUCCUGAAGAGGGUCUCCCGUGCGGCGCAGAACUCUUCGAUCACCGGUGUGCCGGAGGUUGCCCUGCUGGUGGAGACACUUGUGACGCUGAAGGCGGACAACGAUGGGAACACGGCGACAUUCGACACGAGCCUCAAGCUGUGCUCCAACCUCGUUGAGGUUCUCAAAAGCGCCAAGGGACUUGCUGAGCAUUCAGCCACGGACACCGACCGCGAAACGGGCCGCAGGCUGCUGGAAGGCGUUCAGCAGCAGGUAGACGCCGUCAUCGACAUCAUCGAGGCCUACAAGCGGAAGACCAAGCUGCGGAGGAUGUGGUCCGCAAGCAUGUACCGCGCGCGGGUGGAGGAGGCGGAGGCUUCGGUCCGGAGAAUGCUGGAGUACUUUAACGCGUACGUCACCGCGAGGUCCUUGUCCGGGAUGCACGAAGUCAAGGCCCAGCUGGAGCUGGCGAAUCAUGUCAAGGACGUGCGCCUCAGAAGGCAACAGCGUCUAGAACGACUCAUCGAGGAGGAAGAGAUACCCCAAGGGGCGAUCGAGAUAGACGGGGACCUCGUUAUCGGCUCGGGAGGGGCGGGCGAGGUCUACAUGGCCAACUACGACGGCUUCAACGCGGCGGCAAAGGUGGUGUCUAUCAAGGGCGGCUCCGGUGCGGCGAAGCAGCUGCAGAUCAAGUCCUUCCUGGCAGAGGCGGACAUCAUGCGGCGCCUCAGCAAGAGCCCGCACGUGGUCCGCGUCUUCGGCAUCAUCACGUCGUGGACGAGCCAGCUGGUGCUGGUGAUGGAGUACAUGUCGGGGGGUGACCUCUUCUCCUUCAUCAGGAGGCAUCGCGAGGAGGGCCGGGAGAUUUCGGCUAAGCUGACGAGGGACCUCGUCGUAGACGUGGCGCACGGAAUGGCCUACCUCCACCAGCACUCGACCUGGCACGGGGACCUCAAGUCUCUCAACAUCCUUCUCGACGCCGAUUGUCGCGCUAAGAUCUCCGACUUCGGAACUUCCCACUGGAUGGAGCAGACCAAGUCCAAGUGCUUGCAGUCGCAGCCCCCUGGCACCGGAGGGUUCAACCAUUUCACUUUCCACUGGGCUGCGCCCGAGGUUUUGGCGCACGGAAGCACUUCGGAGCAGCUAAGGAGGGCCAGCCGCGACGGGGACAUUGGCCAACCCGGUCAUGAGCAUCACCAGACAGACCGACGUUCGAGUCCACUCGCCCAAGAGGCCACUGGGCCCGCCCUGAGCUUCAUGAGCGAUGUCUACAGCUUUGGGAUAGUGGUGUGGGAAGUGCUUUCCAGACAGGCUCCCUGGGAACACGUUUCGUGGACGGAACUUUUCCGGAGGGUGUGCAUAACUGGCGAGAGGCCGCCGCUGCCGCCCUCGGCGCCGGUGGACCUGGCGGUCCUGGCGAGGGCCUGCUGGACGCACGAGCCGAGGGAUCGCCCCACCUGCGACAAGAUCGUGGCGCACCUCGCGGGAAAAGCCGGGGCUCUUAAUCCUCGGAGGAGGACGACGGGAGGCGGCUCCAGCGGGGACGGAAGAUCGUACUUCGAAGGAGUUGGGCUGGGGGGAGGGCGGGGGUCCUCGUUGCCGUGCAUGCCUUAGUCGUUAGGCCGUUGACCUCGCAUCCUUACAAAGCCGGCACGGAACACGCUGGGGGGGCGGGGGGGGGGUACUUGCGAUUCGGGGGGGGCGUCAUGUUUUCCGUGUUGCUGUUGACCACGCGUCCUUGAGAGGACUUUGCAGGGUACGGCGAGGAGGGGGGGGGUAGCCCGAGUGCGCUGCAGUCAGGGGGCGGCAGUUGUCGGGGAAGCCGGUUCUGAAGUCGCGUGAGGCCGACGCCCCCCCGCGGAUUCACCGAGGGGCGUCCUCUGCCGUACAUCGUCGCCGAGUAUCUGUUGUGAACAUCGAUCGUAAGGGUUGAGUUGAUGGUUGUGUUUAUUGCUUUUUCGGGAGGGGGGCUUUGUUCGGGGUGUACAAAAUUGUAUUUGACGGGGCGCGGGGGGGCGGGCGGGCUGAAAAUAAGGUUGGGUAUACCCCCCUGCCUGCCAGAGCAGACAUCGACGAAUGGGCCGUCCCAAUAGCCUUCUGCGAGGCGGUGGGGACUAGUUUUUUUUAGUGGAACGGCAUGGAGAGGAGGAGUGGCAAGAGCAAUCAUGCAUAUUCUUGCACUGGGGGGCCGAUUAGAGAAAAAUCCUGCACUUUAUAUCAUUGCCCUUUGAAUAGCGCCACUUUCGUUUCUCCUCGCCUGACGGAAAGUCGAAAGGAAACGGUGAGACUGCAGAGCCAACCCCCUUGCGGUGGCACUUUCCCACAUGUGUACAAUACUUUUUUUGGUGCGAAUAUAGAGGAGCACUCACUCGUUACAACCCCGAUGUUGGAACGAAUCUCCCUCAAGUUCUUGGUCCAGCCUUGGCUCUCACCCCAGUACCGAUCCACGCUCACCGACAAGACGCUGUGCCGACGUCGAUGGCUGUUUGUGGCUCCCAUCGCUGAUUGGAUUCGCGGUUGUCUUUUUUAUUCUUGGAUGUGGUCAUGGCGUGGUGUGAUGAUGUCGCUGUGUUUUUUUUUGUUUUUCGGGUGCGGUAAAUCUUUUCGUGUUGCCUUCUUUUUGUGUGUGUAGGCCCAUCCUUUCGGCGCGGAUGGGGCGUGUUGCUGUAAGCACUUUCGAAUAUUACCAAUAUUACGUUUGUUGUUGGUGUUAGAGCAAUGUGCGUACAAUCUUUCCGGUGGUUUUCAGUUGAUCUUAAGUGGAGAAUUUUUGGUAGGCACGGCACCCCACGCGACGACCAAUUUUACGCCUUCCGCAAGAUCAGGUGGGUGUCGAUGAACGCCCCACAUUAGCUACUGGCACGCCUCUUUCGGGCCGUUUUUGGGGUAGCUCUUGUUUUUUUUCCGGGGUGCCAUCGCAUAUGUGAAGCCGGCGGGCCCAGGCGAGAAGCAGGCAGGUGGUAGCGUGAUGGCUGAACAGCUCGAAAUUUUUUGUGUACAACUCUCAAUGUGUAAGUUGUGUAGCCCUUUGAUCAAUCGGUUCAUGGCUCCUGAUGAAGUGUGCUUGGCGUAAGAGAGGCUACGUGCGAGCUUUUUGCGCCUUUCAUGGCAAGUUCCAUCGUUUCCUAAUAUGAGACUACAUGUUAGCAUUUUUUUGGUUUUCGUAUUGGGGGGGGCGAAUAAGGGUUGUAACAUGUUAUGGGGGUAGCCUCUCCCAAGUUUUUUCAGCAGUGGAAAGCGCUACACUACUUGUCCGUUUUUUUUUUCCCGUUUUGGUGUUCAUUUUUCGUUUCUAGUAUCGCUUUUGGUUGUGCUUUUGCAACAAAAUCCACAAAGGAAAAAACCCGACAUCUCUCGUUUGGUUCACCAAAAUGUCGUGUGAAGGGCCCAAGGCAAGUAUGGUUGGGGCACCUUUGCCGGCCUACUGCCGGUCGAGCAACGUUGUGAGGAACCAACUGCAGUGCGAACACUUCAUACGGCUACCAACGGGGAACACGAGUGGGAACUGGUGUUUACUGGAGUUCGCAGAACGUAGGCGUAAAGACGUGGGCAUGUAGCAAUCACAUAAUAGUAUCCGCGGCCACAAAGGAGGCUGGUGUGAGCAGGGUCCGGCCAUUUCGAGGCGUUAAACGAGGC